AGUCUUCUCUGUCUGACACGCAGGCCAAGCAUAAACAGGUUGAAAUCUCUUUCAUGUGUUACUUUAUAAGCUCAUAGCUUCUGCAAGGAGUUAUGUUAUGGCAGAAAGCAAAGACGAAAUCCAUUUUGAAAGUUCUGAAUGUUCACCAGCCUCAACCUCGCCAAUGGGUGGCAAGCAUAGAUACUUGUUUCAUAGAUUAUGCAGUUCAUGGGACAAAAGCAUCAGCCUAAAGGGUCGAAGAAUUUUCCAUAGGGAUGUGGAAAAAGAAGAAUUCCAGUAUGCCAGUAGUCACUGUCUCACAUCUUACUAUAGUGUCUUCGUGGUUCGACUAGCAAUCAUGAUCAUGCUAGCCAUCUUGAUAGGGCUGCUCACUAUACUGACAUGGCAUUUCACCAAGAUUUACACAACAAAAUCACUUAACAGUUUGGCAUAUGGUUUGCGUUAUGAACUUCUGCAACGCCCCGUUUUGAGGAUGUGGAAUAUUUUAAACUCUACUUCUGAAAUUACUACAGCUCAGGUCAAACUAUCUCAGUAUGUGAUCAGACGCUACAGCAACCCUGCAAAUCAAGCAGAGCAAGUUGAGCAGCUGUAUGAAGCUAUGAGGGCUAUAACAUGGUCCUUGUUUGCUAGUCGGAAAGCUCUAAACUCUAUAACUAUCAAUUAUAAGAAUGGAUUUGUUCAGGCAUUCCAUAGGGAUCUGAAAGACAACAACACAUUUUACAUAUACUCUGAUCUUGCAAAUUACUCAAUGGGUGCCAGCAACUCAAAUGAGAUCAAUUCCUUUUCCACACAUCAAGCUUGGGAUGAUAAGGCCCUUCACGGUAACUAUUCUGCAAUCUGGUACCGUGAACCACUUGAUCCAGUGAGUGGUGAAAAGAUUGGAAAAGCUAUGAAAAUUGCACCUGAAGACUUGAUCAACAUAGCUGGGUUUUCACAAGUACCUGAUGGUGUAGCUUCUUGGCACGUUGCAGUGAGCAAGUUUACUGAUUCACCGUUGCUUUCAGCAGCAUUGCCAGUUUGGGACUCUUCUAAUAAGACCAUUAUGGCAGUUGUGGGGGUCACAACUGCACUUUAUAGUGUGGGACAGCUAAUGAGAGAGCUAGUCGAGUUGCACAGUGGCCAUAUGUAUUUAACAUCACAAGAGGGUUAUUUACUUGCAACUUCCACAAGUGCACCUCUACUGGCAAAUUCAACAAAGCCUAAGCUUAAGAUGGCUGUUGACUGUGAAGAUGAUGUAAUACGACACGGAGCUGAGUGGUUACAGAGAACUUAUGGGAACAAUUUUCCUCCAAGUCAUGAGGUUCAUGUAGAGAAUGUCAAGCUAGGCCACCAGAGAUAUUACAUUGACUCAUUUUUCCUAAAAUUGAAGAGACUUCCUUUGGUAGGUGUGAUCAUCAUACCAAGAAAGUAUAUCAUGGGGCAGGUAGAUGAAAGAGCCUUCAAAACGUUGGUUAUUCUGAUAUCUGCAUCGUUAUGUAUUUUGGUCAUUGGAUGUGUUUGCAUUUUGAUAUUGACAAACGGAGUUUCAAAGGAAAUGAAUCUAAGAGCAGAACUGAUAAAUCAACUGGAAGCAAGAAGAAAAGCAGAAGCAUCAAGCAACUAUAAAAGUCAAUUCCUAGCAAACAUGAGUCAUGAACUUAGGACACCUAUGGCAGCAGUAAUUGGAUUGCUUGACAUUCUUAUAUCUGAUGAUUGUCUCACAAAUGAACAAUAUUCAACCGUUACUCAAAUAAGAAAAUGCUCAACUGCUCUGCUCCGUCUACUUAAUAACAUCUUGGAUCUGAGUAAGGUGGAAUCUGGAAAACUAGUCCUGGAAGAUGCAGAAUUUGACUUGGGAAGGGAACUUGAAGGGCUUGUAGAUAUGUUUUCUGUUCAGUGCAUUAACCACAAUGUGGAGACUGUUUUAGACCUGUCUGAUGAUAUGCCAAAGGUAGUUCGCGGUGAUUCUGCAAGGGUGGUUCAAAUAUUUGCAAAUCUGAUCAACAAUUCAAUAAAGUUUACUCCAUCGGGUCAUAUUAUUCUGCGAGGAUGGUGUGGAAAUCGAAAUUCUUCCGUUGGUAGUCCAAAUUUUCAUCUUGACCAGAAGAAAUCACGGAGUUUACAAAAGUGCAGAGAGAAGCCAAAUGCAAACCAUUCAAAGAAAACAUCUUUAAAAGAUAAUAAAGUGAUACUUUGGUUUGAAGUUGAUGACACAGGCUGUGGUAUUGACCCAAGCAAAUGGGAUUCUGUGUUUGAAAGCUUUGAGCAAGCUGAUCCAUCAACUACAAGACUGCAUGGAGGCACUGGUCUUGGACUUUGCAUUGUAAGAAACUUGGUUAACAAGAUGGGUGGAGACAUCAAAGUUGUCAAAAAGGAGGGUCCAGGAACACUGAUGCGAUUAUGCUUGAUACUCAGUGCGCCCAUGGAUGUCAUAGAACAACAGUGUGCAGUAGAUUUGACAGAAAAUGGCUUAGUGGUACUGCUUGCACAGCAAGGAAACAUGGGUCGAUUAAUUACAUCGAAGUGGCUACAGAAAAACGGGGUGUGCACAAUGGAAGCAUCUGAUUGGAACGGACUAACUCAAGUUUUGAGGGAACUCUUUCAUGCAAGAAGUUCAGUCCAUAAUACUGACUUUGAUGCACACUAUCCAGCAAAAGAGGAAUUGAAGUCUAAACUACUCAAUAUACGAGAUAUGAGGAACCCGGUUUUUGUCAUUGUUGUUGACAUGGGACUCCUUGACUUGAGCACAGAUAUAUGGAAGGAGCAGCUUAACUUUCUUCACAGGUACUUUGGUAGAGCAAAGUUUGUAUGGGUGCUAAAUCAUGACACCUCCAAUACCAUAAAGAUGGAGAUUCGUAGGAAAGGGCAUGUACUGAUGGUCAACAAACCCCUGUACAAAGCAAAAAUGAUUCAUAUUUUGGAUGCUGUCAUAAAGGAGAGAAAUCUUGAGUUACAGAGGAAGAACAUGACUGCUCCAAGAAUGAAAGAGGGCGAUUUGCAUGAGUUUCUUGAGAUAGAUUCUACUCACUUUGAAGCUGCUAGCUCUGAUGAUUCUGACAUAUCUGAAGUAGGUGGUUCUAAUCAUGUUAGUGCUGAUGGAGAUAAACCAGUUGAAAAGGUAGCCAAAUCCCAUCCAUCAUCACCAUACCAUAUGAAUAACUCCCUAGUCAAUGAAAAUGAAUAUUUGGAAGAACAUAAUAUGGGGAAGGAAGAAUCUUCUAGUCCAAGCUCCAGUUAUGGAACCGAAGACAACCAACCUAAAUCACAGUCCACCAAAGAAUCAUCCAUUUCAACCGAAGAUCAGGAUGAAGAUUCUGAAUGUGGAGAAACACAAAGGGUUACCAGCUCAAGUAAAGCAGUAGAUGGAAAGAAAUCUCUUGAAGGACUAAAGAUAUUGCUUGCAGAAGAUACACCGGUGCUUCAAAGGGUUGCAACCAUAAUGCUUGAAAAAAUGGGAGCAGCUGUUGUUGCUGUAGGUGAUGGACAACAGGCAGUAGAAGCUCUUGGUUGCAUGUUCCCUGCUGAAGAUCGUAGAAGGGAAUCACUCCAGAAGGGAAUCACUCCAUAUGACUUGAUCCUAAUGGAUUGUCAGAUGCCAAAGAUGGAUGGGUACGAGGCAACAAAAGCAAUAAGGAAAUCAGAAGUGGGAACAGGCUUGCACAUUCCCAUUGUUGCUCUUACAGCACAUGCAAUGUCAUGUGAUGAAGCAAAAUGCCUGGAGGUGGGCAUGGAUGCUUACUUAACAAAGCCAAUUGACUUCAAAAUGAUGGUGUCCACCAUUCUUUCACUCACCAAAAGAACAUCUUGACUUCUCUCUCAUAAAGCCCAAACUAACAAAGGGUUGCUUAGAAAUGUAUAGUCAGUAUACAAGUUUAAUUACCGCAUAAAAAUACAUAGGUUGACUUAUGUAUUGUAGAAAUGAAAUCCAUUUUUCCUGACACUCGUAGUCAAUGGCUGUAGUAGCUAGUGGUCUAUUGUGUGUGCAUAGAGGAUUGCAAUGUGCAGAAGGAAAAACUUUAUGUUUUCCUUACUAAUCUAUUAUCAACUACCAUUUACAUAUUGUCUGAUAUAUUGAAAUGAAUAAAUAAAUAUAGUAAGGCACGAGGAGUACGAGUCCCCUCACAAUAAA